GCCACCCUGCAAUUUACAGUGUUUUUAAGAUUAAAGUGGGGGAAAUGUCGGUCACGUCAAAAUCCAGCAGCACUAUAAUUGGUAGUGCAAUAGUUCUAGUCGCCUCCUUGUCAUUCCCAACAAAGGGAGGAAAGGAUUUUAAAUAAAUCUCCAUUGCCCACAUCAAAUUUAAACAAAAAUGUCCAUGGAUUUUAAAAUAGAAAAUGUUCUGAGCAUGAAUGGUGGACAGACAGAUAGCAGCUAUGCAAGAAAUUCAUGUUAUCAGGAGAUUUCCCUGCGUAUUCUACAGCCUUAUUUGGAAGAAAGCAUCGGUCAGAUGAAGAUGGUUCCUUGUGGGAGGUUUUGCAUAGCAGAUCUAGGGUGUGCAGCUGGACCCAACACGCUUCAUGUCGCUCAAAUAAUUUGCAGGGCAGUGCAGAAGAAAUACAAGGCCCUGGGAAUUGGCAUGCCAGAUUUGCAAGUCUUCUUUUCUGACCUCCCCUGCAACGACUUCAAUUUGCUUUUCCAGAGCUUACCAUUGUCAGUGCCUCCUGAUGGCAGAUUACAAGCAUGUCACUACUUUGCAGCAGGGGUGGCAGGCUCCUUCCACAACCGUCUCUUUCCCAGAUCAUCUCUCCAUUUCAUUCAUUCCUCUUUCAGUUUGCAUUGGCUUUCACGAGUUCCCCCAGAAGUGGAAAACCAAAUGUCGAGCUCAUGGAAUGGCGAUCGUGUGUACAUAUCAAAGGAGGGGCGGGUGGAGGUGGCAGAGGCGUAUCUGCGGCAAUUUCAGGAGGAUUUGAAGAGUUUUCUGAGAGCACGAGCAGAGGAAGUAGUUGAAGGGGGGUGGAUGUUUCUCUUCUUUUCAGGGCGGGCAGGUGCAUGCCCACGCCAGCAGGGCGGAAGUGGAGCGGUAGGAGAUAUCCUGGAGCUUGCCUUCAAGGACAUGGUGUGUGAGGGAGUGAUAGAAAGGGCCACAAGGGAUUCCUUCAACCUCCCAUUCUUUUCUCCCUCUGCUCUGGAGGUCAGAGAGCUGGUUGAGGAGGAUGGUUCAUUCCUUGUGAAGAAGAUGGAGUUCUUGAGCAUGGAUACGGAGAUGAAGAUUCAGAGUGAUGUGGAUUUUGGAAGGAUGGUGGCAAAGCAGUUUAGAGCUAUUCUGGAGGUGCUCAUUGCCUCUUAUUUUGGAGAACAUGUUGUGGAAUCCCUGUUUCAGAGAUUUGCAGAAAGAGCCUCACAAAAUGCAUCAGUUUUGUACAAUUCCCUUCGCCAGGGAGGAGGAAUCCUUGCAAUUAUUGAGAGGGCUUGUACUCCUUAGAACAAUUGGAAGAAGAAUUCAGUUCAGGUUUUUAAGCUAUCAAUCCGGAAUUAUUGAUAGUGUUGUUUUUGGAAAUUAGAUGUGAAGGGUUGAGAUGUUUGGUUUUGGA